ACAGCUGAGCUGAUAUCUCUGAGAGCGGCGCGGGCGAGCACAAGUGACCUUUCGUAGCAUACGAUCACGUUAACAAUUUUUAUACGAGAUUUGGAGGCCAAACAUACGAAAUAUUUCAUUGCAAACUCAUCUGAUUUCGACGAACGACGUGUCAGCCUCUGUUCGAGCACUAGAUCCCAUCUUGCAAAGGUCUCCUAAUCCCAACCUUCAUGUUUUCCUGCUGAAAAGUCGCAUGAUCUGGUUUCCUGUCUUCAAGGACUUAUAGCAAGGUUACACAAAUACUGCAACAGUGAGCUCAGUCACUGCUUGUUCAACUCUCAAGUGCAUGGCUCGCCAUCCUUGUACAUUGUAAUUAACCGACACAUCUUGUAAGAGACUGUAGAAGAGAUACAGUCUGCCGAACGAACGAGUCGUAAUCGAACAACAAACAUGGCUUCUCAGGGGACACCUUCCCCUGCACAAAACCCCAGCGGUCAACCGUCCAUACCCAGCGGUCAGCAGCCUAAGGAGAGCAUGAGCGAUCAUUCCUUCGGCCACACCAUGGCUAUUCUACUAGACAGACAGAAGGUCAAGCUGUGUCGAUCCCUGUGCAGACGCGGCGUGGUUCUCUUCCUCAUUGGCAUCGUGAUGGCCCUUGUACUGAACCUACUUCAAGUCCAAAAUAACGUCACCUUGUUUCCUCCCGAGACACUCGACAGUAUAUCCUCCUCGGCCUGGUGGGUCGCUCCCUUCUGUGGCUCGGCUGCUGUACUUGUAGGACUGCUGUACCCUUGCAUAGACGAUAAGCUUGGAGAAACGCCUUACUACAAGAGAGAAUGGUCUCAUGUCAUGCGAUGUCUUGCCGUCUUCGUCGGAAUCAACCAUGCUUGUGCUAAAAUCGAAUUUGCCAACAACCUCCAGUUUUCUCUCACUUUGGCUGCAAUGUCUCUUGGUUUGUGGUGGCUCUUUGAUCGGUCAAGGAGUGGAUUUGGUCUGGCCCUGACUAUUGCCUUCUUAGCGACUCUCAUCACACAACUCCUUGUGUAUAAAGGAGUAUACAGAUACACAGAGCCUGACUUCCUGUACGUGCGAUCCUGGCUUCCAUGCGUCUUCUUCUCGGGAGGUGUAACGAUAGGCAAUAUAGGCAGACAGCUUGCUCUGGUUGAUCGUCAAUUUGUGAAGGAGCACAUGAGUUAAAUCAGGCAACGUUUGAAGAAAGAGACUUUUAUUAUAAGAUUUGUCUUGAUACAAAUCCGAACUUACAACCGCAGCUGACUGUAUAAAGUGCAACGAAAGAGGCUAGAUGCCACCGAGAGCAAACCAAAAUGACGCAAGUGCAGAAUUCUGAUUUUAGUCAGGAGAACUUUAAGUAAGUGUAUGUCUGCUCAGAUGCAGCUUCAACAGGAUGUUGCCAGCUUCAAGAUGUACUUCCAUGCUGCAUGCUUACGGCGAUGUUUGAACACUUCAGACAGCCAUGGCCGUCCAGGUUGCGGGUGAAUAGUUCUGCGAAAUCUGCAAUACUUGCAUGGGAAAUGGAUUUUGCCGAAGAUAAAAAGUUGAGUUGGUGCCUUCUACUUUGCCCGUUAUAUUCUCUUCACCAUAGAAGAGGAAAUAGAAGUUCUACUUUUUGUACUUAACCUACUCUGUACCAUCAAGUACCCUUCCCAACCAAGGCUUUGACUGACAUUGCCAAAUUGGUGAUUCCUUAGCUCGCCUUCAGCAUUGAAUGCAUUCAUCUCUCUGCAGUGUAUCACAAGGACGUGAAGUAGAAUUGUGAAGAUUGUUGAUGAUGCUAUGUUAAAUACACGAUGACAAAUUUUGUGCUGAAACGUGAUGUCUAGAGUGAGGGUGAAACAUAGCUUCUUUCCUAAUCUUCAUGUAUGAACAGUAGUCAGAAACUAGUCUUGUAGACCAUGGUUUUGCCGGCCCUUAACACCCUUGAUGCGACGACCAAGCAUUUGGGACUUCAUGGAAGAAAAUACCAAGUGCGAAUACUCCCAGACAGGUGAAUCAGCAAGUAGUUUAUGUGAUGAUGCAUGCUUUCAACCUGCAAUUAAAUUGCUUUGGUCAUCCCAAACCACCCCUGGGGAUGCUGGAAGGACAUGCACCGCACCAUUUGGACCAAGUUUAAACAAGUUCCUGGUGAGAAGCCUGGUGAAGACUAAAGGUAGAUAAUGGGAAUGAAGUCUUCUACAUCUUGUUGUGCCCGCAGGAACUAUUAUUGACCCUAGUGCUGCUAUGGUAAGGAGCGACUGGUUGAAUUUAUGGAGAUGCAGUUAACAUGUCACUCAAUUUCUUAACUCUGUUCAUUUAAGCUUUAAAUGUUAGUGAGAAAGUGGCAGAUACGUGAGGAUACCUCUCACAAACUUAAAAGGUCUUCCUGCUGAUAUGAGCGGACAAUGCAGAAUUUGAAGUAGCCGUCCUGAGCCAUAACCUGCAUACAGUGAUUUGCAGAUAUUUUACUUUAUAAAUGCUGACAUCAAUUGCCCUCGGGUCUUCCAAGUUUAGAUCUGAUCAUAUCGUCUGUUUGGAGCCAGAAGGGUGCUAGCGCUCAUCGUCUUGCACCGAGUGAACGCCCUCCUGGCUCCAGAGUCCAGACAAGAUGAUAUUUACUUUGGUUUUGACCAUUGCCACUUGAUUAGUAUCAGUAAGUGUGAAUGAAGUUGCAGAGCAGCCAUGAAACUCAUCUGCAUUUCAGUCGCAUAAUCUGUUCUAACAUGAGAGAUACUUACUGAUUGAAGUUAUGGGACAAAGUGUCUUGACUGAUGUUUUUACUUUGCAUAUUACAAUCAUAAUUAUGUUAUUAUUUUAUAGAUAUGUACCUGUUUUAAAGCUACUACAUAGUACGACAUGGCUGUACAUAUAUUUUUUUAAGGGGAUUUCAUUCUAUAUCUUUGCUUAAAGACCUCUCACUUUGAUGAAUGUAUAUGUUGCUCAAAGUGUGCUUUGAUAUUACGUCAUAUCGUCCAUGUCAUAGAUGUUUUAAGACUUCUAUUGUAAAAGUGCACAAUAUUUAAAAACAUGGAAACAAUGUUACAUGUUGAGAGUACGCAUUUACAAUAUUACUAAAAUCCUAGAUUUUAUCUCUUCUUCAUUGUAACUAUCCAUGACACACACUAAUAGAUAUUACAUUAUGUUACCAUUUACCACAUUCAGGUACACAGUGCGUUUAACUUAGCAACCAUAAUGUAAACUCAUUGUGACAUUGUGAGAAUGUGUUUCCAAUUCCAAUCGAUUUAAGGCAUUUCAUCUCCUCUUACUCAGACUUUGCAUGUGCAUGUAGAUCUAAGUAAACAAGGGUAUGGGAAGCAAUCAGUCUGUUUUCAAACAGAGACAAAGUCCAUUAAUGACGAAUGAGAUUAUCUCAUUUACAAAAGAGUUUGCAAUGAUAACAAACUUUGUUACAAUAUUUUGGUCUCUCUGCAUCGAGUUGUGAGAUUAGUUUUUGAAAGAGUUUGGUGGACUUCUAUGCUGCCACGAUCGGCGCCUGGUACAGGCCCAGGCAGAUAAGCUUAAGCUUACAAAGUCCCCUUGAGGCUCUAACUAAAUAUUGAUGAGGAUGAUUUGCCAUUUCAUUAUCUUGCAGUGCUGGAAUGCAGUGCCAUUAUGUGUUUGCGUAUCUCAAAUAUUGAUAACAAUGUGGAAAGAAUGUGUUGUAGAAUCCAUGCUUUAUCACCCAGUUCUUUACUUUGUGACGCAGCUACUGCUGAACCUUAAACCAAAUGAAACGUAUUUUGGGACUUUGGACAUUUGGCGUUAUCCGUACUUACAUCAAGGAAACUUUUCUCUUUGUUUUAGGCAGACCAAACGUUAUUGUGUGUCCCUAAUCAUGUCCAAUUUUUUUAUUUCUUUUGCAAAUUACAAUUUUUUGAACAUUUCAUUAUUUCACAAUUCUUUUGAUGUAUUACUCCAAUUGAUGAUUAGUUGAGCUGUAUUUUAGAAUACUUUUACAAUCUGUUGGAAAGGGUUAUUGUAUGGAAGAUAUGAUCACACAUUUGAUUGUACAGUAAUGUACCUCUUUUGAACCAUCUGGGGGCGUUUCACAGAACUUGUCAUCAGUGACAAAUUACAUUUUUUGUUAUAAGCUACUGAAAUCCUCGCUUUUGAUUGGUUAUCAGCAGAUUUGUCACUGAUUUUUUUUUUUGUCAUUUGUCAUUAAAAAAAGGCUGUGUGAAACGGGUACUGGUGAUAUAUUUGUGUAAUGUGUACCAGGGAAUGGUAUUCUUGAGCCAGUAUUACAUAGAUCCUUGAUACCUACAAUGUAGGCCUACAUCUCGUUACACCACCGAGAUGGACACCAGACUGACAAUACUCCAAAUGAAAAGGACAUAACCCCCCCCCCCCCCCAAGAAAAAAGAAGAAGUUUGUUUGUCGUCGGUGUUUUGAUGCGACUGGAGUUUAAAAACAAAACAAAUUCACACCAUGAAACAUGUCGCACAAAUAAUGCUGGUGAGAAGAUUGAGCACCUGUAUUUGCCUCCCUCCUUGUAAAAUGAUGUAUUGCUUUAUCUGCUUUAUAUAUGCCUUGCUAUUGAGUAGCGUAUACAUGUAUUUAUUUCUUUUCCUUUAAAAUCUACUUGUGCAUUAUUUCUAUUAUAUAGAAAUCAUGUAUCUUCCAUUUUGUUUAUUGCUUUUGGUUGUAUUGUACUUGUUUUCAUGGGAAAAGAAAAUACCUUUUGCUUUGCUUACAAUAGGCAAUUAGAAUGCAGCUCUAGGAAGUCUCACUGGUUGUAAAAGAAGUGAUCAACUACAUCCUGUCAUCAUGAACUUGCCACAUGAAUGUUUGGCUGAUAAGAUAAGGUUCAGGUUUGAAAUAUUGUAAUUGGGGAUUAGUCAUCUUAUACGGGUUCAACCAGAAAAUUGCACAAUUUCUUCAUUGGUACUGGGACCUGUUUCAUAAAAAAUGUUGUUUAUAAAAUUGUCACGUUUCCAGAAGAAAUUUGCUCAUGCCCAAUCAAAUGCAAUGAUUUCAGGAGCAUAUAAGAGUCAUUGUUACUUGUUGUUGAUAUCAAGUUUUAUGAGACAGGGCCCAGAUUUUUGAUAGAUUAAAGCUACAAGAACUAAAUUACUGUAAUGAUAUGGAUAUUCUCGUGUUUACGUUUUCCUCAAAGGUUCAUUGACGUACAUAUACAAGGCAAAUUCCUUGUAUGCUAUUUUUAACACCUGUUCCGAGACGUUGCGCUCUUAAUUUUGGCUCUACUUUUUCGGCUUGGCCGAUUGGAUUAGGUGUCGUUGGGCGUGUCGCCACAGUUGACUUAAAUUUAAUCAGGCAAAUUUGGGAAAUAGAUUUGUAUUACAAUUGGAAGGGUUUUUCCUUGUUGCCGGGUCUGUUCACACUAUCGAAAUAGUAUGAGAGGGGAAGUGAGGAUUACAGGUGUGUAAUAGCCAGAAGCAUGUGGGCUCGCUAGUGUGGACGGACAUAGCAACAUUUAUCCCUUGUUAUAUUCCAGGGUUGUUGGGUCUCCGGGUGAUUUGCAUCUCUUGUUUGAGAGAUUAGAAUGUAAGAGACACAGGUGGGUGCGUGAAAGAAGUAUGUGAGGAAUAGAGAUGCGGAUCAUCCGGAGCGCCUUAUAUCCUGGGGGUAAAUUCGCCAAGAAAUAUAGGACCUUUUAAUACGGAAACUAAUUAUGGGUGGAUUGAUAUUACGCAAUGCGUCUGUGUGACACGCCUCAAUUUUUGGGUGCGCGAGGCGUGUCAGUUCGGGGGUAUAAAAACCGAGUUGCGUCUCUAGAGCGGGACCUCUUUUCCGUUACGAUCGACAUGAGUUGCUAAUUUGUUUCGAUUGGGUUGCCCAGCCCCAAAACAUGAACUUCGUGAUUUAUUAAUUCUUCGUUUAUUUUAAUAAAUCUUCAACUCCAAUCAA